CUCCAUCAAAGCUUUCUUUUUGUCUGUUGAAUUGCGGAGAAUUCGUCUCCCUUCGUUUCUGAUACGGAUCCCUCAUCCAUUCUCCUCAGUUCGUCCUUCAAUUUGGUUGUAAUAUUUGGAUAUUUAUGAUCGCGUUUUGAUUUGCCGUUUCGUAUUUUGUUUUUGGACUUUUUUAAAAAAAUUAAUUUUGGUGUUCGUGUUUUUGCGCUCGAAUUCGUAUGGGAAAUUGAUACAUUCCUCAUUUUUGGAUAGUGUCUAGCUCGAAUUGCUGUUUCGUGAUGGUUUCGGGGAUGAUUGAUCAGUUUUUUAUGAAUGCCUCAAUGUUAGGGUUUUUGCCCCCUUUUUGUUGAUUUUAUUUUUUAAUUUCCAUUUUUGCAGGAGCUACGAGUAAUUUAAUUUAUUUAAUUUCUGGAGAGAAUUGAGGGUUGAGAAUUGAGAAAUUUGGGGGCUUUUCAUGGUAAAAAGGUAUCUCAUUCGAAAUGGGGCACCGAAACAUUCAGUUCCUUGGUCAUGUGAUUGACUCAGAGACGGAUCAGCAAGGCCGUCACCAUGUACAGACCGAUCCAUGCGUCUUUUACGGGAGUGUGGCAAACCAUCCCCAGCAUCACUCCAUAGUUCCUGUACCUGCAAUCCAGUGUAAUUUUAACCUUCAUCCGGUGCCAGGACACAACGACGGUGCAUUAGUUUAUGGUAUACCACCUUACAAUGGCAUGCAACCUCAGCACCCGCCGGCAAACCUAGAUUUAGCUGUUGCUGCAUCAUCUCGACAUUACAAUCCAUAUAUGGGACCCCUGACAGAAGGUUACUUCCAAAACGCGAGCCACAUGGAAGAUUUCAGGUUAUUCAAAAGGAAACUUGCCGAGGGGGCUUCUUCAAAUCACCAGUAUCAAAAUGCUUCAGCAGGCCCUAGUUUUUCUGUCGCUCCUGUGUGCGAACCAGACAUUUCUCAGAUGGAUUCCGCUUCUUUUCCUCCUCCGGAAUAUCUUGGGACCGAUCCAUCAUCAGCUACUGAAAAUGGAUCGUGGAGGGGUGCUAGGAACAGAGAUGCUUUGAUUCGAUCUGAACCUGCCCUCUCACAUAUUGCAAGUACCAUUAUUCACGGAAAUUAUGUUUCUCCUCCUGUACACUUUCCCGGAAACCCUUGGUUGAAUAUGCAUUUCAGUGCAACGAAUGGUGAUAUUGGCACUUUCGGAUGGACAGCACAGCCUCCUAAUUUUUCAUAUGUGCACGGUGGUGUAAAUGGAGCUUGUGUCGAAGCUGGGAAUAUCGGCCUGCAAGGUUAUCAAUCAACAGCUAUCAACAGAACUGCUGCUGGUUUUCUGCACCCUCCUGUUGCUCGGGCCCAUUCUAGUCCUACUCAUCCAACCCCGCCUAUGCAAGCGUUCAGAGGUAACUACAGUAACUACCUGUCACAGGUGGCUACGUCUUCACACAGGACUUCAACAUUGAAUUCUUUGAAUGCUGGCGUUGGUCCUUUCCGCGAAGGUGUGGAUGGUGUGCCCACAUUUUUAGCUCCCAUUCCACCGACAGUCUUCCGGCUCCAUCAGCCUCAGCAAAGGGAAAUCAUAAUGGAUCCUAAUGCAAGACAACGCAAUCAUCCGCACUUGAGAGUUUUGCCUGAAGAUGAAGUUGCUAUACUUGAGUUUCAUGAUUAUCGUGAAGCAGAAGCUUCUGUUGAUCAACACAGGGAUAUGAGAUUGGAUAUCGAUCACAUGUCAUAUGAGGAACUUCUUGAAUUGGGAGAACACAUCGGGAGUGUUGGCACGGGGUUAACUGAGGAAUUCAUUCAAAAUAAUAUGAAAGCAAGAAUUUUUACCACCCCAAAUGCUUGUGUCGAAACUGAACAUGCGAAUGCAAAUUGCCACGACCAGGGAAAGAUCAAUUUUUGCGUCGUGUGCCAGACUGAUUAUGAAAGUGGAGCAACAAUUGGAACCCUCGACUGCAGCCACGAAUAUCACCGGGAGUGCAUAACAAAAUGGUUGGUCCUAAAGAAUACUUGUCCCAUAUGCAAAUCCACGGCCUUGAACAGCAAGGCGAAGCGAUUGUAAGUUGGUCUCCCCCAACCCACCCCACCCCACCCCCCUGGUUCUCUUACAGAACUAUAUAUAUAUAUCAUAUGCAUAUCGGGAUAUCGAACAUGUAAUAUAUAUAUGUGUAUGUAUGUAUAGACAAGCAGAUGUGCGUGUAUGAUCUUGUGUUUGAACUUGCACUGCAUCUGUCUCUCAACUGUACAGACUGGUUUCUUUGUUGUUUUUGUUAUAUAUUUGCUUGAAUGCCGACAUUUCGGACUUGUCGAUGA